AUGAGAAGUUCAGUCUCUGCAAUAGGGAAUGAACCAUCUAUUCUAUAAUAAACAGAGAUUCCAUUUGGAUAGAUUUAUAACCAUUAAUCGAACCAUCUAUUUUUGAAUCAGAUUUACCAUAAGUUGAAUUUACAAAUCAAAUGAACCGUUGUGUUGUUAGAGAUACAAAGCCUAUUUUAGCCCUUAUUUUUAAUUUGGUUAAGGAGGUAAUAUUUAUGUGUGUAAUUUUUGUAAAAUGAAGAAAUAAGUGACACCAGAUUAUUUGUGCGAUUUAGGUUAAGGAAAUUAAAGAAGUAAUAAAUUUUCAAGAGAUAAUAUAAAUAAAGAAUGUUAUGAAAUAAUGCUCCUACUAGUUAUAUAAAAAUGAAAUUUAAAAUACAUUUAAUAUUGUGUUGUAUAGAGUUGACAUAAAUAUGAGUUGCUAAAGGUUUAUACUCUAAAAUUAUUUCUUCGUUUUAAUCAAUAUUGGAUAUAAUUCCAUAUCCUAAUAAACCAGAUAUUGCAUUCAUAAAAUUUGAUUCAACAAUUUAGUUUUUUCACAUUCCUAAAAAUGUAACAGGAGAACCUUAAAUAAUAGUUGCUAGUGAGUUAGAUGAAGCAAAUGUACCACUUCCACCUGAGAAGCUAUUUUUAAACAUAGAAAACGGCAGAGAUAAAAUUGUUUAUAUGUUAGAAAAACUUGGUAAGUUUGGAGAAACUAUAAAUCAAUACACAAAUUAAUAAGUUUCGAUUAGCAAAUGCAAUUUAAUUAAUGUAACCUAGAAGUGGACGUAUAAUAUAUUUUGGAUCUUCAGCGCCAAUAGGGAAAACUACCUUAUAAACCAACAGACACUAAAUUAUUUGGUUCGGAUAAGGAAAAAUUGUUUUAUUAACCUAAUUUUUAAGUUUAUGUCAAAUUAGGUCGUUUAUAUUAUAUAAAUGAUCAUUAUUUAGAAUAUUCAGCACCUUUGUAACUUGGAUAGUCAUAUUUCUUAAACUUUUCAUUAUGAUAAACUUUUAAUAGUAUCUAAGUGUUAAUUCAUUAAUUUAAAUAGUAAUUAUCAUUAGUGUGUGUUUUUUAAACGAUUUAAGAAAACAUAUAAAAAUAUGUGAAAUUCUUUAAUGUUGCUUAAUAAUUAAAGUUUGUGUAGAGAAAAGAAUGGACAAGAUUUUCUCUAAUUUAAGAAUUGGAAUCUUUUGCCUAUCAUAGUUGGUUGAUUUAAAUGAUUGCUUUAUUUUUAUUUUUGCCCGCAAAUGAAUUAAAUAAAGAUAAAUUCAUAAAGAUUGCAGUAUUUCAUGAUUUUUCAGAAGAGAUUGUAGGUGGCAUAAUUUCUAGAGAAAUAUUCCAGCUAAUGAAAAGAAAUUUAAGGAAGAUUAUGCAAUGA